UCCUCCUAAGGACCAGUCUCUCCGUAACUUUGUGGAUAGCUGUACGGCGACGCUUGUCACUUUCUUGUAACUGCUGGUGAAUCCCGACCACAGGGUGACGUGACUCAAGCAAAAAUACGCUGUCACUGAGGUUACCUCCUGAGUAGGUCACUCGCCCGUCUAUAGACUGACCGCGUGGAGAAAGAGGCCAAGAAGAAGAAGCCAAGAUGAGCGUGAACCUGAACGAGCUGGAUGACUUCCUGGAAAACUUGGAGAUGUUAGGUGACUUCAAUUUCACCGGACACGAUGGGAACUUCUCCCGUGUGGAGGGGCUGGUGUGUCCAAACCUCCUCAGCUACCACGCCCUGUUAUACGCCAUCUCCGUCCUCUACAUCUUCAUCUUCAUCAUCGGCCUUGCCGCCAACGCCCUGGUCGUGUGGGUCAACCUCCGGGCCGAGAGGAACCGCUACGAGACGCACCUGUACGUCCUUAACCUGGCCAUCGCCGACCUGUGUGUCGUCGCCACGUUGCCCGUCUGGGUCAGCUCGCUCCUGCAGAACAGCCACUGGCCUUUCGGGGGCGCCAUGUGCAAGCUCACCCAUCUGGUCUUCAGUGUCAACCUCUUUAGCAGCAUCUUCUUCUUGACGUGCAUGAGCGUGGACCGUUACCUGUCGGUGUGCGUCUUCGGCGAGGUGUCGGGCCAGGGGAGACGGAGGUGGACACGGAGGCUCAUCUGUGUCGGGGUCUGGCUCCUGGCCUUGGCCGCCGCUUUGCCGGACACCUACUUCCUCCAGGCGGUGAAGUCCUCGCACUCCGACGCCACCUUCUGUAAGGCGGUGUACCCGGCGGAGAGCCAGCGGGAGUGGACGGUGGGCGUGAACCUGAGCUUCGUCGUACUGGGGUUCGCCGUGCCGUUCCCGGUCAUCGCCGUGUUCUACGGGCUCAUGGCGUCUGCCAUCCCGGCCUCGGCCGACCAGGAGCGACGCCUGAGCCGACGCCUCGUCUUCACCUACAUCGUGGUGUUCCUGGUCUGCUGGCUGCCUUACCACGGCGCCCUGCUGCUGGAGGUCCUGGCUCUGCUCAACGCCUUGUCCUUCAGCUGCACGCUGGAGAACGUGCUUUUCGUCGGGCUGCAUCUCACCCAGUGCCUGUCUCUGCUACACUGCUGCAUCAACCCCGUGGUGUACAACUUCAUCAACCGCAACUACCGCUACGACCUGAUGAAGGCCUUCAUCUUCAAGUAUUCCACCAAGACCGGCUUGGCCAAGCUCAUCGACGCCUCCCACGUUUCCGAGACGGAGUACACCGCGGUGGAAAACCACGGGCCCCUUUGAGUCGGUCUGCGGAAGACGUCGUUUAAAAAAAAAAAAAAAAUCGAAUCAUGUUUAGACACUCUUACGAGCUCUUAAAAGGGCUUUGCGUGACCGAGCGAUCCAUCACGGACAGAUAAGAAUGUCGCUGUCGCCAGAGACACAAUAAUAAUUGUGCGAUGUACUCCCUGUAAGCUCUAUACAUGUGUAGAAUAGCAGCGUGUCAGCCAUUGUGGCACCAGUUCUUUUUUUUAUAUAUCUAUCUAUCAGUUUUUGCCUGAUUUUGAUGAAGAGAUGUUGUUUAUUUUUUUGUUCCAGUGACUGCUUAGAGGCCUUUAUAGAAAAAAGAAAAGAAAAGAAAAAAGAAAAAAGAAAAGCACUUGUACUGAAUUGAAGGGUAGACACAUCAAUCCUAGCAUGAGCUGGGCCAAUCAGAGGGGUUGGUAUGUGUGGUUGGAGCCAACGGGAAACCCCAGUAGGGGCCCAGUCAGUCAUCAAGACGCUCAGAGUGACAAUCAAAGCUUCACACAACGUCUCCGUGUCUUUCUUGUUUGGAUUACAGGAAGGAAUAAUGCGAGGGGGGGGGGGUGCGGAUACUGGGGGCAGGUUAUGGGGGGAGAAGAGAGAGAGUUAAGCCUAGGAAUACAGUCCCUCAGACGUUACACAAACUGAUUUGUGACUCCUUGCCUAUUAGCAUGUGUUGAAAUUGUCAUUCUUUCAAAAAAAAAAAAAA